AAUUCAGUGUCAUCCGGAAUGCAGCGAUGAGUUCGAUCACGCCAUGGCCUGCGACACCCUCCUCCCUCUUCACUUUCUCUUCUUCUUCUACUUCCUCCUCCUCUUCUUCUUCUCCCUCCAAAUUCUCCAAAUGCCAAUUCUAUCCUUCCUCAUCUUCUCUUCACCUCGUCUGCCGAUGCCAGAACGUCUCCAACGACCUCCAAUUCGUCCUCCAUGAUGCCCUCGACGCUUCUGGGGUCGACACCACCCAUGCCAGAGCAGCGAGAGAUGGUUUCUGCACUCAAAUUCGCCGGUUGUCGAGCAUAGAGAGGGAGACGAGUAUCUGUAUUAAUAGAGGGGUUGAUCUGGCGAAAACUGCUCUUCACAUUGCGGCAGAAGAUGAUUGGCUUAUCUCUCACUCUUCGGUGCCUCUCCCAAUUGAUUCGUUUAUUCAGAGACUGGAUGACCUUUCCAUGGAUUACUGUUCGCAUAACAGUUCGCUUUUCAAAUUGUCGCCGGAGGCUUUCCUGGGCAGUCUGGAGAAGUACUUGUACGGUCACAAGGUAUGUGGUUGUCUUGGUUUUUACAGUGUUUGAACUAGGCUGCUGGUA